CCGCUUUCCGAAGACGAACGGGGUGAUAUGUCCGACGCGGAGCGGGUGAUACCGCGACGCAGCUCGACGUCACAGGGUGUUAAAUUUAUGUUGCAGCGGAUCGAAAGUGAAGACGAGAUGUUUGACAUCAUGCUGGAUGACUACAAAAUGAUAAUCGACGAGAAAGUAUUCCCGCUCUACACGCGAGUCUGUACAGACAAGAACGACUCCACCAGGGUUGGCGCGACAAUAGAACUUGCAGAAUAUCUACAGGAAGCUUGGAGUGAGG